ACGUGUAGCCUAUACCAUUAGCCGAGGUAGCCAAUCUCUGUUUAGGGAAUAUUCGUCUCAAAGACUCAUCUGCUGGUAAUGAACCACCAACACACACCGGAUUAUGCGCAGGUGCAGCUUUUGACAACUGCAGCAAUAAAAAUAUUAGCGAGCUGGACGCGGCAGUUUCGCUUUCUCUUGUCAUCCGUUCACAGCGUAUUCAGUCUUCGUUUUCUCUCAUUUUUCACUCAAGCAGUUGAAUGUUCUCACGUUCGACAAUUUUUCACAAGCCAGUCUGCAGCCCUUGACGAACAGCGGAGCGAUGGUGCAAGAUACUUUAAACUGCAUGCAGUAGCAAAUGUAAAAAGAAGCAGGAUGAAUCCCCGUGGAGACUGUGAUCUGAUGGACUAUACUCAAGCAUUUUUGUCACCUUUGCAAUUCUGGUCACCUUUGCAGUUCAGCGGCUGAAUUGGAUUCGGAUGAUACAAGCUAAUUGGCAUCCCCCACAUCGUUUUUCCACAGACGAAAUGAGAACCACACGUUUCAUUAAAUAAAUAUGUGCGUAUAACUAGUAACGCAGAUAUUUCUGGUCUGAUUGUACUCCUUUUUCCGUAUGGACGUUGGUAAUUCUGACCACGCGUUUAAUUGAAAAGAUACAGCCUAUUUUUACAUUUCCACAUCAAUCUUCCUGUUGGUUUUUUCUAAAUGCACCGGGUCGUGUUUAAUUCCAAUUUUUGAAUGUUCGGAUUACACUUGAAAUAGAAUUUCCAAUACAGUUGAAUAGUUUAACUCGUCGUCACAAUGCCAGUCAGCGCAUUGCCCAGGGGCCGUUCGCUUAGCCCCGCAUCUCUGUCCCGAAGUCUGUCGAGGCUCAGGGAGUUUCGGACUCGGACAAGGAUCAUGCUUUCUCUCGGAGUUUCGCAGAUGGUCUUGGGAAGUCUGAUUUUGGCUGUCAGUUUCGCUGCAUUGGCUCUUACUACCUCGCCCAGAGUCCGGCAUUCUUGUCCCUUCUGGGCUGGAUUUUCCGUGCUGCUGUCCGGUCUGAUAGGCGUGGUGUCCUGGAAGAGACCUCUCUCACUGGUGAUCACGUUCUUCAUGCUGCUGUCGGCCGUGUGCGUGAUGCUCAACCUGGCCGGGUCCAUCCUGUCCUGUCAGAACGCCCAGCUGGUCAACUCCUUGGAAGCCUGUCAGCUGAUCAAGUUUGACAGUGAUGGAGUGUGCGUGUGCUGUGAGCUGCAGCACCAGAACUCCGGCUGCAACAGCCUGGGAGAAACACUCAAACUCAACCCCCUGAGGGACUGCAACACCAUCCGCCUGCGCCUCAAGGAGCUGCUGUUCAGUGUGUGCGCGCUGAAUGUGAUCUCCACCAUCGUGUGCGCGCUGGCCACUGCCAUGUGCUGCAUGCAGAUGGUGUCCACGGACGUCCUGCAGAUGAUGAUCUCUGCUUUCCAGUUUAUGCCACACAGAAGUCGGGUCAUGAACGCAGACUGCAUGACCCCUCACGGUACCAUCCUGCACCAGACCCUGGACUUCGACGAGUUCAUCCCGCCCAUUCCCCCACCUCCGUACUACCCCCCCGAGUACACCUGCACCCCCAUGAUGGAGGCGCAAAGAGGGCUGCACCUGGACUUCCCCCACUCCCCCUUCAGUGCUAUCUAUGGUGUACCCAUCAACAGCCCUGGGACCCUCUACCCUUCCGAGCUCCCUCCACCAUACGAGGCUGUCGUAGGACAGACCCCAGCCAGUCAGGUCACUACCAGCCUGGAGCAGCAGGCCACAGAGUCCAGCCUGUGUGAGAGGAACACCACUGCAGGCCUGAGUACACAGGCCUCCGUGGACAGCGCCUCCCUCAUGGUUUCGGAGGUUGCGGACCUCCCCGACCACAGCUGCUCCUCGGAGGACCUGUGCUCCCUGGAGGUGCAGGGCUCCCUGCACUCCACCUCCGACCUCUCGCCCUUCGGCACGCCGCGCACCGCCCCCACGGACGGCAGCUGCACCAGCCUGGAGCACAGCGCCCGCUUCUCGCUGCCGCACCGCGGCCCCGCCCAUCACCACGACGACGGCGGGCACAGCGACUCCUCCCACACCCAGGACCACUCGCCCGACUGGUCCUUGGAAAACAUCAACGUGCUGGGCGGGGAGGAGCCCAUCGGCGUCUCGCCCAUAGCCACGCCCACACUCGCCAGAACGAAAGCCAAUAGGACACCGGCAGUUUCUCCACCGCUUCCUUCUCCGGGUCCCGCCUCUGCCUCAAACUCUGCGGCCCCAGCGGGCGUGUCCGCGCCCCCCGGGGGCCCCGCCUGCCCCUCCCUGUCUCCGCGGCUACGUGGCCACAGGCUCUGCUUCAGCGUGUGGUCUCCUCCCGGCUCCUCCUCGUCCUCCUCCUCGGCGUCACAGGACCCCUCCACCUCCGCAGUGAGCUGCUCCGUGCCCCGUGCUCCACGCUCACACCGGCCCGCCAGGAGGUACCGCAAGCUGGCCGAGAUGGUGCGCUCCACCAGCGACCCCAUCUCCUGUACCUCCGUCUCUGGAAGUGACAGCUGUGGCUGCGCUUCUGCAAGUAACCAGCUGCCUGAGGACUCCCCACAGACAUCACCUGAGCCAGCAGCGUGCUCAGAGCACACAGCGGUGGUGGUGUCCUACCAGAGUCCGCCCAAGCCCAGUACCCCUGGCAGCGGGAAGCAGAAGGUGGCCGCCAAAGUGGACAUUCGGCUUAAGCCUCGGGGCUUGCAGGGGGCCUCCAAAGAGCGGCCCCACUCCCUGGCUGACUUCAAGACCUACAAGGACACCAAAAUGCUGGUGGCCAAAUUCCUGGAGCACUCUAGCUGUAGUCUACCUCUAGAGGUCCAGCAGGUGGUCAACAGCAUCAAGUUCGUCAUCAAGUCGGACGAGCGGCACAUGGAGGAGGCCAUCUUCAGUGCCAACAUCAUCGACCAGGUGAUGACACAGUCGCCCCGCAGACAGCGCAGUCCCAGGAAACGCGUCCACGAGGACCUGCACCUGCGCAGCUGUGGGGCGCUGAGCUCCCCUUCGUCUUUCCUGCGCCGUCACCCUGGCGCCCGGCCGCCCGGCCCACCGGAGCCCCCCAGCACCUCGACCUCCGACCACCAUCACAGUCUCAGCAGCGUGUGUCGAGAGACCAUCCUCUGACCACCCCGUACAGCCAGGGUGCAUGUGCCCCACCAAUAAAAUAAAAAAAACCCGCCUCGCUGUCUCAUGGUGUGCCAAGAUCAGGACCUGGAGUGUAUACACACAGGACCUCUCCUCAACUGUAGUCAAACACAGCAGAAUGUCAUCCCUCAGGGGACUGGUUUACUUCCAUCUUAUUUAAUACAAGCUAAUCAUAAAAGCAAAGGAAGGGUUGAGCCCAGAGCCAAAUUAAGGGGACAUCUUAAUGUGACAUUAAGAACAAGAAUAAGAAGAAUUAGCAGAAGAAGCUUUCUACUAAACUGUGAAUCUAAGAGACCUUGAAGGUACUGGCUCCCACCUCCUUUUCCCAGGUUUUGGGAUGACAACCAGCCCUCACUCUGUGCCGCGUGAGGACAGAGAUCAGUGGCUUAUUUCAUUUACCUCAGUGUGUUUCCAUUCUUAUCAGUGUUACAAUAAAAAAAAAACAUUUGAGUUUU